AUGCCGCCUAAGAGAAGAAAACUUUUUGGACGGCGCACGGCUGCUGCCUCCGUUACAAGAGCAGCAAAGGCAAGUGAAACCACAGAGCAAAUUUCGUUGCGCCUUUCUCAGAUGGCCUCACGCUCUGCUGCCCGCAUCUCGACGGAAAGUACCGCUGAACGAACUGAAAGGCUGGCAUCAGUAGCAUCAGUUAUGUCAUCACGACGCGCCAGACUUUCAAUUGAAGAGCGUUUAGUACAGAAUUCACAGGACGCAAUACGCGUUUCUAGGUCCAGGGCUUCCGAGUCCCCAACACAGACAAUCCUUCGGCGUUUAAGGAAUGCCAGCGCUACAGCAUGUUCUAGAGCUUUAGAAAGCGCAGAGCAAAACACUUCGCGUCGUCUUAGGAAUGCUAGGGCUAGAGCGUCUUCCAGGGUUUCGGAAAAACCUCAACAAACCGCUAUUCGUCGUUUAAAAAAUGCCAGCGCUACUGCGUCUGCCAGAGCUUUAGAAAAUCCUGUGCAGACUGCUAAUCUUCGUUUGUGGAAUCCCAGGUCUACUGCGCCCGCCAGAACAUCAGAAAGCAACAACAAUGGCCAAAUCGCUAGGACAGACGCUCAGCGUCUCGGGGCUGCAUUUAGGUGA